AUGUCCGGAAUGGAAAGAUUGCACCGGAUGUUCGCCGGAGCCGGCGGUGCCCUCGGCCAUCCUCCGCCGGACUCACCAACCCUUGAUUCAUCCGAACAAGUGUACAUCUCAUCACUUGCUCUUCUCAAGAUGCUGAAACACGGUAGAGCAGGGGUACCCAUGGAAGUUAUGGGUCUGAUGCUGGGGGAGUUUGUGGACGAGUACACGGUUCGUGUGGUGGACGUUUUCGCUAUGCCACAGAGCGGGACUGGGGUCAGUGUUGAGGCAGUAGAUCACGUUUUCCAGACUAAUAUGCUUGACAUGCUCAAGCAGACGGGCAGGCCUGAGAUGGUAGUUGGUUGGUACCAUUCACAUCCAGGAUUUGGAUGCUGGCUUUCAGGUGUAGAUAUCAACACGCAGCAGAGUUUUGAAGCUUUGAAUCAGAGAGCAGUGGCUGUGGUUGUGGACCCCAUUCAGAGUGUGAAAGGGAAGGUGGUAAUAGAUGCCUUCCGGCUCAUUAACCCUCAGACCAUGAUGCUCGGUCAAGAGCCACGGCAGACAACUUCCAACUUGGGACAUCUCAAUAAGCCAUCUAUCCAAGCCCUAAUUCAUGGUUUAAACAGGCAUUAUUAUUCCAUAGCCAUAAACUACAGGAAGAAUGAGCUGGAGGAGAAGAUGCUUCUGAACCUUCACAAGAAAAAAUGGACUGAUGGUUUGACUCUCCAGAGGUUUGACACACACUCCAAGACAAAUGGACAAACUGUCCAGGAGAUGCUAAACCUAGCUGUUAAGUAUAAUAAAGCAGUCCAGGAGGAGGAUGAACUACCGCCCGAAAAACUAGCGAUUGCUAAUGUAGGAAGGCAAGACGCCAAGAAACAUCUUGAAGAACACGUCUCGAACUUGAUGUCCUCGAACAUCAUUCAGACAUUAGGGACAAUGCUCGACACUGUUGUGUUUUGA